AUGCUUUCUCUGCCCUUGGUCUUUUCGAUUUUGAGCUUGCUCACAACGUUUGGCAUUUGUCUAUAUCGCCUCUAUUUCCACCCCCUCGCCCCAUAUCCUGGUCCUCUUUUCGCCAGGCUAACUGAUUGGUAUGCUGUUUACCACACAUACAUGGGAGACCUCCACAUAGAUAUUUGGAGGCUAAUACUGGCGCUGAUAAUAGGGGAUGUUGUACGAUACGGCCCGAACAGGCUCGUCUUCAACACAGAGCCCGCUCUAAAGGGUAUCUACGGACAUGGCGCCAACGUGCUCAAGUCGAAGGGUUACGAGAAAGUCUCGCUUCUUUCCGGGGUCCAUUCUAGUAUCGCGACCCUCGAUAACACGAAACACAAGGGCUUCCGACGGCUCCUCACCCAGGGUCUCUCCGAUGCGUAUAUCCGGUCAAUGGACUCUAAGAUGACAAAGAUUGCGGCAUCCUUUGCCAGGAUUGUCGAGGAGAAGCAGGACAGACACGUUACAGCAGCGGGCAAACAACCUGCCCUAGAGGCUGAGGAGGGUUGGAGUGUGCCCAAGAACAUGACUCAUUGGUGCGACUACUUCACCUUUGAUAUGAUGUCAGAGCUUGUAUUUGGCAGCUCGUACGACCUGCUGCAAGACUCGCAGAACCACUUUAUUAUCGACGGUAUUACUGCCCAGAUGCAUCGGUUUGGAUUUCUUCUCAAUUUCCCCGGGCUUGAAACCAUGGGGAUGAAUCAUAUACUGUUUCCGAGUGCAAGAGGGAAAGCCCUUCGGUUCUAUGCCAAAUCCAAACAAAUUAUGGAGGAGAGAAAGGCGAGAAAGGGGGAAAUGAAGGACGACGUCCUCAGUAACCUUCUUACAGCAACGGAUCCUGAAACAGGAGAGAGCUUCUCUAAUCAACAGUUAUGGAUUGAGAGCAAUUUAUUGAUUAUUGCUGGCUCCGAUACUUCCUCAACUGCCAUGGCUGCGUUGUUCUUCUACCUUUGUCGGAACCCCGCUGCCUACGACCGCGUAACUAAGGAAGUCCGCGGGGUUUUCCAGAGAGCCGAUGAAAUAUCCCAAGGCCCCAAGCUCUCGUCAUGCUCGUAUCUUCGAGCAUGCAUCCAAGAGGCUCUCCGGCUUUGUCCUCCCGUCACCGGCCCUCUCUGGCGCCAGGUUCUCUCCGGCGGUCUUACUAUCUCAGGACAUACUAUCCCAGCUGGGUACGAAGUUGGCACCGGGUUCUGGUCACUCAAUCGCAGCGAGAAGUAUUAUACCGCGCCGCUUGAAUUUCAACCAGAGCGAUGGGUCUCAGAGUCUACAGGUGCAGACCAGCUCGGCUUGGCAAGGGCUGCCUUUGCAUCGUUUUCAGUUGGGCCUCGGAACUGUGUCGGUAAGGGAUUGGCCAUCAUGGAGCUUAUGCUUGGUAUGGCGGCCGUUAUUGCUCAGUAUGACUUUCGUCCGGCACGGGAUACGAGAUUAGCUCGGGUGGGUGAAGGGGAAGGGGCAUCCAAGGGGCAGUUUCAGACAUUCUGGGGGUUCACAAGCGCAAAAGACGGGCCCUACAUCGAGUAUCGCGCUGUGAGAUGA